AUGGAAUUAGACGUAUCGCCUACGGGCAAAAUAGACAACGAUAUGGAAUAUUCCGAUAAUUCUACAGAUAGUAAAUACACGCCAUGUAAAAGCGAUCAGUACUCAAUCAUACGCAUUCCCGAAGAUGGUGAAAAGUCAAGUAAGCACUCCUCAAGAAAACAAUCAAAGAGAAGAAAGAAGAACUCGAAUCAUCAGCGACCUUUACCUAGGAUAAUAGUAAAACCUUUGCCUCCACCGCCCCCUCCCGAGAAUAGAGAAUGGACAGCAGCUACAUCCUACACUGAAUCAAAUUCUAACACCAGUAGACCAUCUACUAUGCGAGAAGUAUUGGCCAGCAUUCCAGGGUUCUGUUUGAAACCUAGGAAACGCAGUGGUAAAAAAUUAUCAACAGCUGCACAAUUGCAACAAACAAGAGAAGGUUGCAUUGACCUAGAGACACCUGAUUCAAUAUUAGUAAAUACAAAUAUUAGGGCAUUAUUAAAUAAACAUACAUUUUCACUUCUUCCACCACUAUAUCAAUACAAACUGGGGCAGCUACUUCCUAGUGUGGAUAGACUAAGUCCAUCAGGUCGUUUAAAUUCAUCUAGUCUGAACAAUGAAUUUUUCGCCCGUGCUUGCAUACAAUGGCAAGAUAGCCUAGCUGGUGGUGAAUUUACGCCAGAAAACCAGCAAAAAAUGAAGACUGAAGCUGAAAAAGAAAAAAGCAAAAUAGACCCAUGGAAGUUAAAACAUUUUGAACCUAUUUGGGGAGAAAAGUCAAGAAAAGAUAAAUCUUCAUUAAGUAUAAAUUCAGAUAGACCUUCACUUAAGACCACUAUAAAACUGAGGCCCACAGCUUCUAUAACAAGUAGUAGUACUGUUCCAAAAAUUAAAAAGAGUAAAUCUUCGAGUACUAGUAAAAGAAUGAGAUCAGUUGGUGCUGUCACACGAUCUUCCGCGAAAGCUGAUGAAGUUGUUGAAGAGGCUGUAACAGUAUGCUCUAAGCAGUCAGCACCAGUGCCAGAUUUAUUGCCUUUGAAACAUACAAAAAGUAGCAGCCAUCCUAACUAUGAAGAAUAUCCUGUGGACUUUAGCUUCUCUGAUUCAUCAUCUACACAAAGGAUGGAUGACUCAUUGUCUACAACACCUGUUGAUCCCCUUCUGCUACCAGAUUUGGAAUCUGAAAGGAAUGAGGUAAAGCAAGAGCUAGACCUUACUGUUGUAACCAUAGAGGAGUCUAGUACCCCAAAAGAUUGUGAAGAAGAAAGGGCAGACUCUGAACUGGUACAUGAAUCAGCUAAAAGACCAAGUAAUGAAAAUUCCGACUAUAGUGCAAUGGCAAAGCGAAUUAAGUAUGAGGAAGAUUUUGAAGUACAUAAUGCAAACUUUUUAGUACAUAAUACUGAUACAGCAAAUAAUUAUUCAGAUGUCGAAACUAAUUAUACUAGUGAACAAGUAUGUCCUAAUGAUGAACUUCUUUAUUCUGGUCAAGAUCAUGUUGACACAAAUAGUGAGGACAGUAAAGCCACAGCAUCAGUAUAUGAGUAUGAUGAAAGAAGUGAAUCCUCAGUAUCAAGUUUAAAGAUUGAUAUGAAUGUUAAUAACAUGACUAUCAGAGACUCUGCUGGUCCAUCAGAGUCAUUACCAUAUGAUAAUGCUGUUACAGAAAUAGUGGAUAGUCCUGAAAACGACAAAGAAAUUAUUCAAAAUACAAUACCACAUGAAACUCAGGAUGAAUUCAUACCAGAGCAAUAUCAAGAAAUGAAUCAGGAGUCUAUUAAAGAUGCUGAUGCAGAAUCACCAGAUGACCUCAAGCAAGUAAUUGUUGAGUCAGAUGUAUGUCAGAGCUAUAAUCAGGAAAUUGAUUGUCAAGUGUCACAGCCUGUAGAACAGGAUCACAGAAAAAACGAUGUUAUUACCAGUCCAGUAAAAUGUGAAAAAGAAAGCCCAUCUCCGAACAUGACUCAAAAUUAUUAUGAUGAGCACUUUAAAGAUGCUGAAUCAUUUAUUUUAGAAACAAGUCUCUCAAUAUUAACUUCUCAAAGUGAGGAUGUUAAAUAUUCUUCACAUCCUAACUUGAUGGAGUUGUCGUCUUAUAUGAGUGAAACAAACGUUACUGCUGUUGUCACUAUGCCUUUAACUCAAAAUUCCUCAAUACCAAUGAUGGAAGUCACUAAUACAUCUAUUGUGUCUUAUCCUGAUGAUAAUAUGAAGGAUGCAGCUAAACCCAAAGCAUCAGCAGUUUCAUGGAAAAAUGACCGCGACUGGACUAAUAACGAGAAUAUCAUGACAUUACACCCAUUUUCAAAUAUCAAUACAGACAGUGCUAAAUACAUAAGUGAAGAUUCUAAGACAAGUAUGGAGGAUAUUAAUAUGAAUGAUGAAAACUGCAUGUAUAAAGAGGAUAGAGAUGCUAAUUUUAAUAUGGAGUCAUCUAACUCAUCUGAGAGUUGUCAGUCGAUAAAAGAUUUGUCAGUAAAGCAGGAAAUAGAGGCAGCUACAAGUUUAGUAUCUAGCACUGCUGUUACCAAUCCACCGGUCAAUUCUACAACCAUGACGCAGGGUAUGAGGCCCCUUGGGAAGAAAUCUAAGUUGGGGAAGGAGUCAAACAGGAGUAGAAGUUCAAACAAGGUACCACCGGGCACAGUGAACUUGGAGCGCAGCUAUCAGAUAUGCCAAGCGGCGAUACAGAACAGUCCCAACCGCGAAGCUCUGCGGGGCCAGCUGCGGCCGCCGCCCGCGCUGCUAACGCGGCCGCCCAGAGCUGUGCGCCCGCCGCCGCCCGUACUCGUCAGGCAGCUGCCCGUCGCUGUCAUGCCGCAUAACGAGAUGAAUGAAAAUCGGUCUAACAAUGUAGGCCAAUACAUUCUAGUGCAGAGGACUCCUAACGUGGCACCGCGGGCGUCUAGUGCCCCUCCUGCAAACCAGAAUACUAAUGUGAGCGUGGCCCGCUGCCGCAGCGUGGGCGCGGACGAGGCCUGCGUGUGCAACCUGCGCGCCAUGAUUCUGUGCAAGAAGUGCGGCGCCUUCUGUCACGACGACUGCAUCGGCUCGGCCGAGCUCUGCCUCACCUGCCUCAUACGCUGACACCAGACUCACUUUUAUAUAGAUCGAAUUUAGCUACAACCCUAAUCAUAUUUAUACAUUUCAGUUCAGCUUAGCUAAAUAGAUUGAUAUCGAGUAAAUCCUGGAAUGAGGUGUGAAGUGUGAACAAAGUAAACGGUUGUUAGGAAUGGUGGUGCUAUCUGUUUGAAUGUAUCAAUAAUCAUAAAUAUUUAUUUUGUAAUCCUUGUACGAAUACUGACAAUAUUUUGUACGUCACAAACAAACAACCAGAUGUUGCUUUUGCAGAUUCUAAUGUGAAGCUUUACGUUAGUUGGGAUCUUAGUCGCGGUAAACAUUUAAAAUACCUAAUCAUGAAUAAUUAAUUGUUCAUAGGACUUGAGGUAGUUUCUAUAUUACCCUCUUCACAAGCGGGUAUUCUACAAUCGCUAACGCUCAUUAAAUCGCUCAAAAGAACGGAUAUGACACACGUGAACAUUGAAAUGAACGUUAGUAGAAUGUCGCUUGAAUUGAAGGGUUGAUUUGUUUCUUUGCUAUUAGCUUGGAAACGUUUAACCAACAGCGUAUUUCUGCAAAUUCAUUCCUGUCUUUAAGACAGAUUAAAUCAUGACAAGUUCUAAAGCUGUAUAUUAUUUUUCGACGUAUAAAGAGGUGGUGAUGCGUGUUUGGGUUUUCCUUGUUAAAAUGUUAAUUAUAUUAUUCAAACAACAAAUAUAUUUACACACCAUACGUUGACUAUAAUUUAUACUACAUAUUUUAAUAAUGCAGGUGAUGACUUGUACACAGCGUAAUAUAAGUCUUAUAGGAUUUACUUUAAUUCAAGUUUAGAUAUACCUUACGAAUUCAUAAUUUAAAGUUUAUCGAAACAUAACAUGUAACUGUAGCAUUUGUUAACUUUUAUUUGACACAAGAAGUAGUUGUUGUUAAGAGUACAUGUGAGGAUAGUUGCUGCGCUGAAGAUUUCAUUUUUGCCAUUAUAUUUUAGUAUUAGGGUAUCAUCACAAUUUAAUUUUAUGAUACUGUUAUAUUAAUUUUAGUGUUAUUUUACCAUUUCGUGACUUUAUUUUGUAUGUAGUUUGACAGUAAAAGCCUGAUUGGCAUAGGAAUUAAAGUACUUGUGCACCAUCUGAUAACCCAUCUAUUUAUAAUGUUUACGAUUAAGUGUAUGUACAGAUAUUUAUUGAUACGAGAAGGCUGAUGGGUAGAACAUCGGAUGGAUUCUUAUCGUAGGUAUUUAUAGAACAUUACUUGUUAUAUUUAAGUUUUUCAUUAUGGCGUGUACACUAAUAUGACACUAAGUUAUGCAAUAUAUUUAUAGUUGUCUAUAAUAUUUUUAUAAGAAUCUUUUACAAAUUGAGAAAUAGCUUUUUGCUAAUUUAAGAUUUUCUUGUAAUAUGUAUCCAAACAAAUCUAAAUUGUCCAUAUAAUCUCCUUCUGAUCUCUUGUUUUACUGUCCCAGUAAUAUAUCUAUGGACCUUUUUAUUGCGUAUUGGAUGUAGUGUACAAUUAUUGUUGUAAUGAAAGUACUAUUACAACGAAAAUAACUGAUUAUCAACAAAUAACUGUUUUAUAUUUAGAUAGUUGACGACGCUGUUCCAGCAAUGCCUAGUUCAUUCACAUAGCAAUGCCUUACAUGAUGACUUACAGAUGCUAGAAGUUACAAUUAAAUAUUCAUAGAUAUUAUAUAGAUAUUAAAUAAUACAAGUGUUGCUCACUAUGUUUGAAUCACAAAUGUAUAUCUGUAUAUUUUAGCUUAUAUCAUAUUAUCGGUAAAUGUUGAAAAGUUCUAUGUAUACAUGUCACAAGAGCCUAGGUACAGUCUAGAAAUAAAGACGGACGUUCUACGGAAGUCUUAGAAGAACACUAUUGGGGCAUUUAGAAACGUAUGAAAGAAUUAUAAUACCUUAUAGUGUACUUAGUUUAAGAUUUUCGUAUUACAAUCACGGUACGCAAUAAUUUAAUACAGUGUUAAACUGAAUAGUUGUAUAUGAGAAGCUGAAUUGGUAUAUUUUCAUAUUUUUUUAACUACCAACGACUUUCAGAUUCUCUUUCGAGUUUUUUUUUUGUAUAAGAUAAUUAUUGCGAAUUGCAUUCAUUUCUCUGAUUAUUGCUUUAUUGUUAUUUAUUGGUAAUUAGUUAUUUUAUGCUCAUGAACAUUUUUUCUCUAAUAAAAAUUAUGUUCUUCUAAA